UACAUCAUUUUCACAAUUGGAAAAAGUGUGCGCGCAAACGGACGUUUUGUGUGUGAUAAGUGAACUUAAGUGUCAGCGAAUAUGCAGAAAUUACUAUUGUUCUGCGCGUUUUUAAUGUUGGGUGGCGGAACAGCCACCAAGCUGAAUUAUCCGCGUGUUCUGCUGCCGAUUUUCGAUAAGAUUUCAAUAAAUUUCACAUUGGAAGUGAUCGAGCAAGGCUGCUUCAAAUGGGAUACGUCGCGACAUGACUUGAUUCAAAUUACUCCCGUCUACGACACGUUCGACGGCGAAUGCUCAUCGAAGGCCGUAGUGACUGUGCUCACGCGGGAAAAGCGACGAAAUACGGCAAUCGUACUCGCGGAGGAGCUAAGGACUGGCGAUACUUUGCGCUGUGAUGUCAUUUUAGAUGUAAUUGACAAGCUUGGAGUUCUGACGACCACCAGAGAGUUGUUCCUUGAGGAGGCGCCUGAGACAUUUGAGCUCUGGGCCCAGGAUUCGCAAGGAAAUGCGUUCACGACGUUGGAAGGCGUCGAAUUCACUUGGGCGAUAUCGUCCGUGAAUGGUUACAAUUCGGAUCAGAGUUGGCAACAGGUUCUGCGUUUCCUGACUUUCACGGAGAGCAAUUACCAUGAGGUUCCCAAGUCGUUGGAGAAGUUCGAAGCGCAAGGGAUCAAAGGAUAUAUGGUGUUGCUGGAAGGCUCAAAUACUGGUACUGCGAGGGUGACAGUUCGUAUGCCUUAUCCAGAAUACUCUCAUGUCCCCACAAUUGAAGUCAACAUAAUGGUUUUAGCCAACAUCAUUCUGGACCCAACAGAUGCGCAUAUCCUUAUGGGUGACACUAUAAACUUUAGGAUAUUACAGUUAAAACAAGGAAAACUUCAUGAAAUAACCCUCAAUAGUCAGUACUAUCUAGAGAUUGAGGACGAGCGCAUUGCCGAAAUCACAGGAAACAAGGCUACCGGCUUACGUCUGGGUCGUAGUGUGGUGAGAUUGCGUGACAGAAAUGUACCUUCGGAUGGUGGGUUUAAUCAGGAUGGAGAGUCCCUCAAAUCCUCUGCCCCGAGAGCGACCAUAACUGUUUCAACUGCUAGUAAAAUCACAAUUAAUCUAUUACCGCAUUAUAACUGGGUUACUAUCGAAGGGGAGAAACAUGAAAUUGCUAUCGACUUGUACACGCAUGACGAUCAGAAAAUUUAUCUUGGACCGCGAUACAAUGUUGAGUCCACGUUCCAAGAAUCUUUGUUUUACGUUCUUCAGAAAAGUCAAAAUGGAAGUCGAAUCUAUGGUGAGGCAGUACGCCAUGGCUCUACGCCGGUGUUAGGAAGCUUUGAGAAAUUAACUGCAAAGGCAGAACUCCAAAUCUAUAAAGAACUGACUCUUACUCCUAGACGAGUUGUUUUACCGUUCGAUCCUAGCAACUCAAGGCGUCAACGAAUUCGAUUUAUAGCUACAGGAGGCGAUGAGUCCUACGUUUGGUCAUCGCAAAACUCAAAACUUAUUUCAAUAUCACAAAGUGGUAUUGCUGAGACACGUAUUGAUCCCAACACGGAAAUUCCCACCGAGUAUUUAUUGGAUGAAGAUAAAAAUAUCGUUACAAAACAUACAACGGUUCGGGUGGCAUUAGCUCGUAACACAAAAAUCGUACGAACUGCAGAAGUAUUUUUCCUUCCGCCGGUGAAACUCAGUAUCAAAAAAUAUAACUUUGAGACAGCUCUUCGAGAUUAUGUGAAAAUACAUUUGUCCUUGUACUCGUUUGUGAAUUCUUCAUAUGUCCCGUUCACGAACUGCGAUAAUUUGCAAUUUGAUUUGGAAUUUUCGAGCCAAAUAUUCCAGUUGGAUACAAAGAAAGAACCGAUCGAAGGGGAACUAGCGAAAGAUGCUUGUACGAUAUUAUAUCUGAAAGGUACGAGCUUGGGUACAACUCAAUUGAAAAUUUCAUAUAAGUUCAUGGACAAGGUAUUGAGAGAUGAAGCGACUCUGGUCGUGUUUGAAAAGCUCACAAUCUUGGAUCCUGUACUCAACGAAGUGAUUCUUCCCAUCGGAUCAUCGCGAAAUGUAAUUUACAAUAAUGGUCCCCAGAAAUUAUUCAAUAUUGAGGCGGAGCUACAGAAUCGAGUUGAUUUUGAUAAACAAAUCGUGGAUAUAACAAAAAUCGAAAGUGAUACAUCAAAAUCGCUUCUUGCAUAUAACAUUCUGUGCCGAAAAGUUGGAGAAACAGUCUUGGACUUAGAGAUGUUCAAUUCCAUUCCAAAACAGAGCUUUGAACCAUUCUAUUCGAAGUACGUAACAAAAAUCUACUGCGUCAAACCAAGAUUUAUUAAUCUUUAUACAACGGAGAUUCUGCGACAAAGCUGUCCGAUUGAGAUGAAAAAUUCGUUGAUGCACGUUAAGAAUCGGGCUGAAAAUCUGGAUAUUGAAAUUGAAGUUUUAGAUUCGAAAAAUCGCAAGCUUAUGAACAUUUCUUCUUUGGUUAUUGAGUGGGAAUUCGCCCAAGGCAAUGAGGCUUAUCAUACGAAUGCCAUACAUUAUCGACAAACGGAGGAGGAGUUUAUUGAAGGUAUCCGUGUUCCAGCUAGAGACUUUUUGGUCACAGCGAUUGGGGAUGUGACAGCCAGUUUUAAAGUGAAAGCAUCGGUCACGAAGUAUGAUUUGCCUUUAUUGAAGAGCUUUAGCAUCACGCCGGAAAAGCCGUUCUUUGGAAUCGAGAAGCUCAAGGAUGGUAGCAUUGUUCAGCCUGUUAUUGAAAAUGAAAUCAAGUUUAUGGCUGUCAAUAGCACUUUAUUGGAUCGUGAUUCAAUUUCGAUAUUUUUGGGAAGAAACAAGCCAGAAAGGGUCUCAAUUGCACAAGGCAGUGGAUUCUAUGAAAUUAAAUUGUCGGAGCCAGGUAUUAUCAGCGUAGAAUUUGACCCGAAAUCACGAGAAAUUAUCAUUUUCCCGCAUCAAAUUGGAAACGUUCAACUAGAAUUGAUUGAUCGUUGCUUGAUGACAGAAGCAGCUCAUUUGACCGUCUCUGUUGUUUCGAUUGGUUCAAUUCAGUGUGUGAUGCCUGAUCGCGUUGAAAAGGGAAAAUCAAUUGAAGCAAUCAUUCGACUCUAUGAUUCUAAUGAUAAUUUAAUGAAAAUUGACAAUGCCAAUUUGCAAAUCUAUGAAUUGUAUGAAAAUAUUUUCAACUCAGCUAUUGUUAGUGUUCGACUGGGUGAGCAGAGCAAUUUGGACCUAGGUGAAAUCAGAUAUUACGUAAAUGGCUUAGAAUUGGGCGAAACAAAAAUUAUAUUCAAUUCGGGGUAUGGUGACCGGGCUAUGGCAAUUGCCAGCGAUCCGGUGACUGUACAGGUCUUUCCACCUUUACGUUUGUACCCAAGAAACUCAACACUCAUUGUCAGUUCGAGUUUGCAAAUUUAUUCACAUGGCGGCCCACAUCCGGACAUCAGCAUUGUCUACUCUGUGGAAAAUUCAAAUAUUGUGUCCAUGGACUCUGCGGUUAUAUUGGCAAAGAAAUUGGGGACAACAAGAAUCACAGGAAGAUGUGUUGGCGUAAAUCCUAUCGAUGGAAGACAAAUUAUAUUCUCGGAAGAUUCUAUAGAGGUUACUGUGAUACCAUUGGAAAAGGUUCAAGUGCGUACGCCGUUGGUGCGUAUAAAAACGGGCGCUGUAAUGCCAGCAUUUAUUUGGGGCGUACCGGAUAUUUCGCCUGUGAUAUUGGGAACAAUGGAAUCGAUACGCAUUAUUUGGUCGACUAAUCAACCAGAUGUUGUGGAUAUUUUUGGGAUAUUCUCUGAUGCUGGUAUUGAAUAUACGGAACAUGAUUUAAUCUCGGUUCGUGUAAAAGCACUUAAUCCGGGCAAGGCGAGAAUACAGGCAUCUAUUAUUUUACCCGGCGGUCAACGGUUAUCCUCGUCAGUGGAAGUUGUUGUCUUCAAAAUGCUCGAGAUAGAAGCUCCGAAACAUAUAAAUCAGGACACAAUUCUUAUUCCGCCCAGAUCUACAAUUCAACUAAAAGCUAAUCUUGAUGAUGUCGUCUAUAAAUUAAGUAGUGAAUCAAAUGGAAUUGUACGAGUAUCAUCUGAUGGGAAUGUAAAGUCCGGCGACACUCUUGGUCGUGAUCUGAUAAUUGCAAAAACUUUCGAUCAAACGCUACCAAUCGAUGUGGAAGUGAAGAAUAUUCAAUACAUCCUUGCCACCCUGCUUUAUCCAUCCGUAAAGUUGCGGCAAAUUGAACAAAAAAUCCCUAGUGGCAUGAAUAUGAUUCUGAAGAUUUCGUUACAUGAUAAUUUAGGCAAUGAAUUUUCGCAUAAUAUUGAAGAUGUCAAUGGAAUCAAAUACGAGCUAUCUCAUAAAGAUGUAGUUGACGUGCAGAUUGGUAACAAUUUAACGGUGUCGAUAAAUUUGCCACGUGAAACAAUCACCAUGAUUGCAAUCAGCUUAAAAGAUAGCGCUGGCGUAAAACAUGCCGAAGAUUUCAUAAAAGUGUCAGUUGCGGAAUCGAAAAACAUUUUCCCAACCAAGACAAUUUUCUCUGUCGGGGACAUCAUUUGUUUCGAUUCACCUCUAACGUCGGCAACAUUUUGGAGUAGUUCAGAUGAACGUAUUGUAUCGAUUGAUAGACAUACAGGUGUGGCACGAGUGCUUGGAAAUCGAUUUAAAUCGGGCGAAAAAAUUGCGAUUAGUAAUGGCGAUAAGAGUGGAAGCUUUUUGAAAUAUGACAUAGAAGUCCGUGAAGCUGACAAGAUCGAAUUCUUUAAGUCUUACGAUAUAUUCAGCGGAAAUAGUUAUCGAGGCCAUUUGGUUUUACGGAAUCAUCUACAAGUGGAUAAGUUUUCGAACUUGAUUGCCCGAAACGUUUCAAAGUGUUCAAAUUUCAUUGAUAAAGUGCCAGUGAAAUUUUUCACAUGUAAAAUUUCCUCAAAGGAACCUUUGGGCGUUCAAGUCAUCGAUAAUUUCAAAGUGACAUCGUUAUUCGACAAAAAUGUUGGAACGUAUGCUUGUGAAAUUGUCCUGAUUACAAGUCAAUUAGAUAUUCUCAGUGUCGUGAAAUCGAAUGAGGUUAAUAUUGAAUUGGAGGCCCAACUUCCUAAUGGCUUAUCCGACAUUGUUACACUGAAAAUUGUUCCGGCUAUUAAAGUUACCCCCGAUGCCAUUUCGGUCGAUCAAAUAACACAACAGGGAAUUGUUGUUACGGGACUCGAUAAAGUUUUGCAGAAAGUUGAGGUUAAACCAUCGGAUGCAUCCGUUCUGGAAGUGAUACCUCAGGCGAAAGCACAUGGAUCUCUGCAGUAUAAAGUGAAACUAAUAAAUGAACUUCCAACAGACGAGCAGUUGUUUGUUCAAGUACAUUCGCCGCUAACCCUACAGGAUAUUCAGGUGCCAAUCGAGGAGACAAAUUCAGUUAUGAAAUGUUCCACUAGGCCAUUCAAUAAUGCAUCGACGUUCCUAAUCAACAUUGUAUCACAUAUUGGCGUCAUUAUUUCAGUGAUAGUCUUGAUUCUGACAAUAUAUGUGUGGUUUUUCUGUUCGUCUCAACGGAAAGCCGAAGUGAACGAUAGUGCAUUUGCCAAGUCAUUCAAGUCAACAUCGAAAUCACCGAUUACCAGUGUGAGUGGUUCGCCGCAAUUAACACCACGCGGGCCAAGUUAUCCAAAUUCACCCUAUUAUGGAAACCAGAGCUCGGGAAGUCAAAAUAUAUCAAGUGGAAAUGAAUCGCCAGUUUAUGGUGACACGAUGCUGAUAUCACCGCAGAAGAGGCUAAAUAGACGAUAUUUAUGAAGGCAUAUCACACUCCCUUGUCAGAUGUGACCUUUUCUACUUUUCUAUUUGCCGUAUCAGAUUAUAACAUAAUUUUUCAAGUUUCUCAUGGCACAUUUUUCCUUUUUGCUUUUCUUUGCUUGUUUUUCACUGUCCUAUUUAGAUAUGACCAGGAACUAGUCCGAGAUGAGACCAUAUAAAAUGUGGAGAAAGACGUUUUUUUGUAUUUGUACGUAAGAUUCGAUGUAAUUUUGCUAGAAGUCUGUUUUAAGGUGUCAUUUUCAUUUAUUUACAUUUAAAUGAACUACGAUAUUUUUGUACUUUUUAUAACUGAAAGUGAUUUUGGAUAAUAGAUAAGGCGGUUGAAUUUGAAUUGGUUUUUGUACAUAAUACAACUUUAAAAUAAUUCAAAUAAAGUUAAAUAUUAUUAGUUUAUAAGGUACGAUUGUAUUUAUUUGUGUUCCUUAUUUGAUGUUGGAGAAAUUUUUUGACUUUAUUGGAUUGAAAUUGAAUUUGGAUCAGAAAGAAAUUUGUUCAUUUUAAUUUUUUCAAACCAGGCCAAUGUUUUGUUAUAGUAGUGUAUAUAUACUUGCAUUAGAAAGGAUUUCGUUUUGUUCACUUCACUGUUCAUGUGCAGAUUAUUCACUUUUCCCUUUCCAUCGCAAUAUGACCAGAAAGCAGUAUUCAAUUUCAAUCUUGGAUUAAUAGUCACUAUAGAUAUAGAUUUUUUUGUUUACUAGCGUUAAAUAAUUUUUGUAAAACAUAUAUUGUAAUCUUGAUUUGCAUAAUAAAAUAGUUUGAAAUCGGU